GGCAUUCUGAAUUUCUUCUUUUGCAACUUUUCCCAAGUAAAAUCCAAUACCCAACAUACGAACGAGAGCUAAGCGAUUGCUCUCUUUACGACAUCAAACGAUACACGAACGACUCCAGCAACCUCAAUUGACUGCGGGACAUCCAAGUCCCCGCCAGUAGUGCCAACCGGCACACCACUACCGCCAACAUGCCCCCCCUACUCCCCCGCCCAGCUCUCCUCCUCCCACGACGAGGCAUAACCGCACCCGCAACGCUCUCCCGCAGAACAUCCCUCUUCAGCACAAGUGCCGCGCGGCCCUCAACGCCGCAGCGCAUCCCUCCGGAAUCCCCACUAUUCAUCAACGUGCCGAACCCGCCACAAGACCAGUCGAUCGAAGCCCUGCGCGAGCUCAAGCCCGUAAAGGGCCACCUGCCGAUCCCCCGGCAAGUCUUCAAGCACCGGGACAGCCACCUGAAGCCGGAAAAAGCAUGGCUCAGCAAAUCCGCGCCGCGCCCCACGUCCGCGAAGUCUCAGCAGCCGCCGCGCUCCGAGGUCCAGGCCUGGAAGCGGCGCAUGGCGGCCUCGCGGCGCGAGAACAUGCGCGUCGGCAUCCGGGCGCUGUACAAGCGGAAGCAGCUUCGGGACACGCGGCGGGCCGCGGCCCAGGCCGCGAAGCUGGCCGCGCACCAGGAGGCCGCGGCCGCCCCCGAGCGCGAGGACGACCGGCUGACGCGCGCCACCAUCAACGCGGCCACGCUGCAGACGGCCGUGAUCCGGGACCCGGAGCGCUUCGAGCGCGCCCUCGCCUCGCGCGAGCGCACGACCGCCCUGCUGGCGCAGAAGAGCGAGCGCCGCCGCGACGCCAUACAGGAGCUGUACAUGAAGGCGCGGUCCUUCAUCGUGGACGAGGCCGACCUCGAGGCCGAGGUGAACAAGAUCUUCGCGCCCGACUACUGGAAGAGCAUGGGCCUGUCCGCGAGCGGCUUCGAGGUCCGGAAUAUCUGGGACCUGCACGGCAAGCCGCCGACCGUCACCGACAUACUGAACGAAGUAUCGCGAACAUCGAGCACGGCGGUGAAGAGCUUCGAGGCGGAGAAGACGCGCACACUUAAGCGACAGAAGGAGGUUGCUGAGGAACUUACUGGUGGUAAAUUAGACGAGGAAUCAGACAAGGAUUAACGUCGACGUAGAAAUGCAAGGAAUUAGGUAUGCCAAGUCGAGACACGAGUCUGCCAGAUUACGGCACUCCUGUUACAGAACCUUACGUCUCGCCACUUACGGAAAUGUUGUUGAAUACGACUAUGCGCAGCUUCACAAGUU